AAUUUGUAAUUUGGGUUGUGUGAAAACUUCUUUGGACCUCAUAAACAACCACAGAACCACAAGUUGGGUACCCUGGCAGUGUCAGAAGUGUAAGCCCAGCACAGUGGUCAGCAGGCAGGACGAAUCACACUGAAUGCAAACCACAGACUUUUGCAGAGCGGUAAAAGAAAUCAUCGAAUCCCCCGCCUUCGGGAGAGGUGCCUUUUCGAAAGGAAACGAUGGCUUCAGACAGCAUUUUUGAGUCAUUUCCUUCAUAUCCACAGUGCUUCGUGAGAGAUGCCAGCACGAGCCGCCGCUUCACGCCGCCUUCCACCGCGCUGAGCCCCGGCAAGAUGAGCGAGGCGCUGCCGCUGGGCGCCCCGGAUGGCGGCGCCGCCCUGGCCAGCAAGCUGAGGAGCGGCGACCGCAGCAUGGUGGAGGUACUAGCUGACCACCCCGGCGAGCUAGUCCGCACCGACAGCCCCAACUUCCUCUGCUCCGUGCUGCCCACUCACUGGCGCUGCAACAAGACCCUGCCCAUCGCUUUCAAGGUGGUAGCGCUGGGCGACGUUCCGGAUGGCACUCUGGUCACCGUCAUGGCGGGCAAUGACGAAAACUACUCGGCGGAGCUGAGAAACGCCACCGCGGCCAUGAAGAACCAAGUGGCGAGAUUCAACGACCUCAGGUUUGUCGGUCGGAGCGGCAGAGGCAAGAGCUUCACUCUGACCAUCACCGUCUUUACAAACCCCCCACAAGUUGCCACCUACCAUAGAGCCAUCAAAAUCACAGUGGACGGCCCCCGAGAACCCCGAAGACAUCGGCAGAAACUAGAUGAUCAGACCAAGCCCGGGAGUUUGUCCUUUUCCGAGCGGCUCAGUGAACUGGAGCAGCUGCGGCGCACGGCCAUGAGGGUCAGCCCGCAUCACCCAGCCCCCACGCCCAACCCUCGGGCCUCCUUGAACCACUCCACUGCCUUUAACCCUCAGCCUCAAAGUCAGAUGCAGGAUGCCAGGCAGAUCCAGCCGUCCCCACCGUGGUCCUAUGACCAGUCUUACCAGUACCUGGGGUCCAUCACCUCUUCUGUGCACCCGGCGACACCCAUUUCUCCCGGCCGAGCCAGUGGCAUGACCAGCCUCUCAGCGGAACUUUCCAGUCGACUCUCAACAGCCCCGGACCUGACAGCCUUCGGCGACCCGCGCCAGUUCCCCACGCUGCCGUCCAUCUCCGACCCGCGCAUGCACUACCCAGGCGCCUUCACCUACUCGCCUCCUGUCACAUCGGGCAUCGGCAUUGGCAUGUCAGCCAUGAGCUCGACCUCUCGCUACCACACCUACCUGCCGCCGCCCUACCCAGGCUCCUCGCAGGCGCAGGCCGGGCCCUUCCAGACCGGCUCGCCCUCCUACCACCUGUACUACGGCACCUCGGCAGGCUCCUACCAAUUCUCCAUGGUGGGCGGCGAGCGAUCACCCCCGCGCAUCCUGCCGCCCUGCACCAACGCGUCCACCGGAGCCGCGCUGCUCAACCCCAGCCUCCCCAGCCAGAGCGACGUGGUGGAAACCGAGGGCAGCCAUAGCAACUCGCCCACCAACAUGCCACCCGCGCGCCUGGAGGAGGCUGUCUGGCGGCCCUACUGAGCGCCUUCGGGGGACUGAGCCCGCCGUCCAUGCACAGACCCCGCCAGGAGAGCCCUUGGAGGCCAACAGGAGGGAAACUGUGAAUGCUUCUGAUUUAGUAAUGCUGUGAAUAAAAGAAAGAUUUUAUACCCUUGACUUCACUUUUUAACCACGUUGUUUAUUCCAAAGAGUGUGGAAUGUUUUCGGUUCCGGGUGGGGAAGACGCAGCCCAUCCUGUUUGGCAUCUAUUUCUUUUCCGCACCUUAUUGAUUGCAAAAAAAAAAAAAAAAAAAAAAAUGCCUGUUUGCAUCUGGGUGGUCGUUAUUUUUAAAUAUGUAUAGAUUUGAGCUUGCUUUUUUCCUUCCUUUGACCAACUCAAAGAAAUAAAAUUCCCUUCUCUGUAACGUUUAUUUAACUUUUAGACUUUCAUGUAGCUGGGGGAUUUAAUUUGUGUUUGGUUUUUGUUUUUGUGUUUUUUUUUAAAGAGACAGCUACAGCUUUGGGUCAUUUUUUUUUAACUACUGUAUUUCCACAAAGAAAUCCCUAGAUAUUUAUGUAUCUCGAUGUUUGAACAUUUACAUAUGUGUUGAUACUUUUUUAAUUAUUUAAAUGUACUUAUAUUAAGAAAAAUAUCAAGUACUACAUUUUUCUUUAUAAUAGCCAAAGUUAAAUAUUAUUGCAUUGAAGAUGGCUGGAAAAAAAAAAGAGAUGGGUUAUGCGAUCGCUUGUUUAUCUAGAGAUAUUGUUUACAUUAAACUCCCUUUGUUAUUCAAACAAGUUGGUAGCUGAUGCAGCAAUGUUUUUAAUUGGAUUGUAGACACUGAGGGUCACUCCAAGGUCAGAAGUACAAAUUUUCUGCUCAUACCUGGCUUCUUCCCUUCAAAAAGAAAGGCAAAACUCUUCCCUCAAAGGGUACAGAGGGGUGCCGAGGAUUACAGCUCUGAAGAGGAUUUCAUUUUGGCCUGGAGAUAUGCUUGCCCCAAGGCCUCCUCGUUCAGGCAUGCUUCACAGAGCUCAGCCAAGUAAACUGUUGGUCAGGGGUUUAGUGUUUAUAUAGACCCAAAACCACUGACUAUAAUCCUUUAAUGGCCUUCUAUAACUAGUACCUGCUCAUUGAUGAGACCCAAAACGCGAGGCUGCACCCCAAAGAUCCAAACAGAAGAGGUAAGAACAGGCGCCCUUGAGGCCCAAAGGCUGAGUUUUAAGAGAGUGUACCCCAAAAGUCUGAAGGAGCCAGUUUCCCUCUACCUAUCGUAGUGGGAUCGGUCAUGGGAGAUAGAGACCAUGUCAACCUGUGCAGGACGCUUUAGCGGACCUGUGCUGCUCCCUCACCAGCAUCUUUCUCAACCAGGCUGAGCCCCUAACCUUUGGGGUUUGUGCACUUUCUCCGUGCGCCUGCGCGAUAGGUUCCUGCCUCUGCAGUCUGCCUUGGCCACGGUUCAGAGGUGCAUGGCGUUGCUGUAGUUGUAACGGUACUAUUGUUAUAGUGGAGGACUUGCUCAAAACUCAGUCGUUCUACAUCGUAUACAUAAGCGUAACUGCUGGUUCUGACAUACAUGUGCUCAAAAUGAUCUGGUUCGUUUUCGGUUUUUUGUUUUUUUCCUUCUUUUCUUAAUGUACCUCUUAAAUUAGUUGAAAUGGUGUCAGGUCAACUCCGAAGAGCGUUUGAAAGCAGGACUUCAGAGCAGUGUUUGACUUUUUUAUUAUUAUUUUUAUUGUUAUUUUAUAAAUUUAAGCAUUCAUAUUAGAUCUUUGGCUGCAGGCAGCAAAAACAGCUGGACUUAUUUAAAAAAAAUACAACUCGUUCUUGAGUUACCUUUAUCUAUAUCUCUAUCUAUCUAUAUAUUGAUCCUUUGUUUUACAUAAGAGCAGCAGCACUUUGGUAACCUGUGAUACCAGGUUGUUCUUGUCUGGAGAAGAGCUCUAGCCGAAUUCGGGGGAACCCAGAAUAGAUUUUUCAGAUCAGACAUACUUCCUCCUCCAUCCAUCUCACUCAGUUAUUCCACAGAACAUGCCUACAGCUGUGUUGUCAGAAAAAAAAAUGAAAUUUCAACUUCUCGAAAGGACCAUUAGUUUGUUUCUCCAAAAUUAGAUGUUCCCCUUAGCACGGGCUGCCAUGUCUGGCCUGAGAAAACUCUAGGGAAAGACAAAGGGAGAAGAUGUAUAGUUUUCCAUAUUCAUUUUGAUACCUGAAGAUGCUCUAGCCCUAAGAGGGGAGACAGAUAAUCUCACCAAUGGAGCCUUUGCCCUGGACACCAUGCAUCAAGAAGACUUGGCACUUUGUUAUAGACGGCCUGGUGAGCCAUUUAGUGUUUCCUAAACCUUUAUCAACGUAGGCAGUAUUUAGUCAUCUCAGAGAAAAGCAAUCAAUCAGGAACUCUUCGUCUUGGAGAGAGAUUCCGCAGGGCAGAUAUUUUUCUACCUGAGAAAUGGUAUUCAUUGUCUUCAGGUGCAUCAGGGGGGUCUCCUCAUUCUCUGUCUUCAGGGAGGAGCCACAAGUCAAUUCUGAGAUGACGGAGCUGUUGGGAUUACUGGUCCAGAGAAAGGGAAAAAUGGAACAAGCCAUUUCUACUGCUUAGCCAAGCCCCUAUGUAUGAUUUGGACACCUGCUUCAUUUCUUCUGGUUUUCUUGCCUCCUGUGACCCCCCAGUAUGCCUUCUUACUUUUCUUUUCCCUCCUUCAAACUCCACACUCUCUUCCUGCAUAGUCUAUAGGUAGGCAACACACACACACACACACACACACACACACACACACCCUCUACCCCAUACUAAGUGUCCAGAACACAGAAGGUCCAGUUCUUCUCCGUUUAUUAAAGAACAGGGUGAGUCAGCCAUUCUCUUGCUCACGGGUUGUUUUUUCUUUCUUUCUUCCUUCCUUCUUUCUUUCUUUCUUUCUUUCUUUCUUUCUCUCUUUCUUUCUCCAACAGAACAGAGGCGUUGCCAGCCAUUUUUGGGUCUGCUUUCUGUCCUGAUACUGCAACAGAAACUCCGAGGAUCCCAACCCAUGGCUGAGCGACCGUGCUGCUGCUCAAACGCCCUGUGCAGACAAACGCAUGCUCGGACUGGAAGGAGUGUCUCUCCUUCGGCCUCUUUUCUUUCAAACAGCCUCAGCUGAGGGCUGCAGAUUUCUUUCUUGAAAUAACCUUUCCCCCCAGGACAUUCUGUCUUAGGGGUUUUUGGUUUUAAUGAUUUUUUUUUUGUUGUUGUUGUUUUUUUUAUUUUUGUUUGUAGGAAGAGGCGUGAGAUGUCGAGGGUCUUUCACACAUGAAAAUAAAUGGUUUGACAACAAUCUCAGAAUAUUUUUCCAUAUCUGAACAAAGUACUGUUUUGUGUGCUCUAUGAUAUACAUUUAUUUGGGGUUUUGGCGGUGGGGCGGUUAGUCAUUUGUUGAGAAUGCCUUCCCUCAUUCAGCUAGGUCAGCACGGACAAAGCUGACCCUUGGUCUUCUUGUUUUUCCUCAGAAGAGUUGUAUCAGCAAACUCAAUUGUAUUUAUGUAUGUAAAUAGAUUUCAAGCUUCAUUAUAAAAUAUUGUUAAUGCCUGCAAUGACUUUUUUUUCCACAUUUCGUGUGUGUUUCUAAGGACUUUUUCUUACAUUCGCUAAAUAUUGUAGAGGAAAACAAAAUGCUUCUCUCCACUUGUUUAUUUUAGAUUUAAAAAAAAAAAAGCCAAACUCCUUCUUACUCACUUUUAUAAACAGAUAAUAAACAGCAUGGUUCCAAUUAUUUUAAGUUCACCUUAUGUUCUAGGAGAAAUGAAUGUGCAAAAAAAAAAAAAAUCAAUCUCCAAUGAACUGUUGGGCGUUUCUGUGACUCUGGACGUACAAAGAUCAACAGAAAGAAAAUAAGCUUCCAAAUUGAAAUAGCAGCAAAACACAUGUAUUGGGAGGGGGGAACACCUCAGAAAAUGCAGUUCUCCAGCCUCCAGCUACUGCCCACGAAUGUGGCAAGUGUCAGAGGCGGUCACGAGGAAUCCUGCAAUCGGUACUUGGGCCUCUUCCCGGUUCUAACAUUCAGAACACCUCCUAAGGGCACUGUCAGGCUCAGGUCUUAAAGCACAUAAGAGAGAACGUCCUAGACCCCUUCUCAGUAGCCCAGGAGAGCAGUCACUGCACUGCAGCUGCCAGUGCAAUCAGUAAGCCAGCCCCACCCCCACCCCGGGGAGUCAUGCAGAACCAGUGCAGGGCAGCCCUAAGCCACUGAAGUCUCCCUCUCUUUGUACUGUGGUCUUUUCUGUAACUCCAAUAUUGAAACCCAUGUGAAUGGCAAAUAAACAAUUUGACAAGCA